CCUUGUAGAACCGACACACCCUGAUGCUGUCGUCCACCGGCCACAGUCUGCUCAGCGAGGCCUUGUCGCCGUCAGGGCGGCAAGUUCUUAACGAGUUCAUCGAAGCCAGCGCUGGCACACGCAGCAGCACGAAGGCAAGUCCCGUGAACUACACGUUCCAGACGCUGCCGUUGCUCACUGAAGUGACAUGCCACUCGCGACACAUUGUCGACGUGUUGCGGCUGACUGUCAGCCUCCACGGCUCCGUCAUCGUGUCCAAGGUGUAUCCUCGAAAGCAGCCGAGUGCGUUGACAUCUCCCAAGUCCAGUGCUGCAUCAUUCCCAUCGUCGAUCGACAUGGACAACCUCGGUCUAAUCCGACCGGACGACACCCUCGUGAGCAUCAAUCUACGACCCGUGGACGACAUCGACGACGCCCUCAACUGGCUCGCCGGCCUACCCCUUCCAUUGACUCUUGUGUUCAGCCGCGCCGUGGUAUAGCCAUCUCCAUCUUCGAUCUACUAUCCUCCUCGAGUCCCAUUGCAUGUUGUAGGUGCGUAGGAACACGUUGGGGGAGUACACGCUAGACGACUUGCGCCGCCACGCCGAGCACAACCGAAGUCGGUUGCUCACGCGACAUGUGCCCGCCGACGUCGCGCAGAUGCUGCACAUGAAGAUCGAGUUGACCAAUUCCGGGGGGUCGUAUCGCAUGCUCAAGGACUUUAUCGCUGACGCCGACGAGUUUUUCUUGCCGACUUCGUUGAGCUCGUCAUCGCUCACGACGUCGUUCGACACGGUGAGCCGGUACAUCCAUCAAAUGCACGCGUUCAUGGCCGCAGACGACACGAAUAAGCGAAAACAGUGGGCCGAAGACAAGCAAGUUCGCGGGAAACGCCUCGAGUCUAUGCAAAAGCAGCUCAAGUUGCUGGAAACCAAACUCACGGCGCAGGCCAAAGCCACGACGACCAACGUGCCCCAAGAGUACGUCGACUUGCGCACAUUGGUGGACCAACUUCGACUGGACAUCGAUCAUUCCAAGCAAAUGCACUACCUACCAUCCUGCGAAGGCUUUACGCUGCGAUUUGGAACGGCCGGGGUGUACGUUGGAGUCGGAGACGUAUGGGUGUCGUCGUACCACACAUCGUUUACCAUUGAAACCCAGCCGCACGCCCCGCAAAUCCUGCUCCGUCUCACGCCGUUGUCCGAGUCUGGCCUCAAGAUCCGCGCCAUGAACUUCAAAGUGUACUCGGAAGGCCGGUACAUGCUCGUGCCGACGUUCCACGUGGACGAAAUGAACAUCCAAGUGCAGUUCUCGGCGGACAUUCCCCUCGUGUACGACGCCGCGGGCGGGUGGCGCGUCCAGCCUGAUGCGUUGCAGCUCAAUUUUUCCAGCCUCAAGUACUACGAACGGCAGACACAGUCGAACGUGCACGGGAACGCCCACGAUAGCGUCAUGAAGACGUUUCUCAACCGGAUCAUUCCAUCCGUCGUGCAAGAUGCGAUCCCGUCCAUCUUGUGUCCAGAAGUCGGCGCGCUGCUCGUGGAUGGACGGGCCAAGGUCCGGCUGUCGGGGGAUCUGCAUGUCGAGGGACGCAACCUCGCCGUGUUUGACGCACCGCUCGGAGCGCCGAGUACCCGGCUGGGUAGCGGCCAAGACGAAGAAGGCGCCGCUGCCGCCGAGGCGCGCGAGUUGGUGGGGUGUUCGGUCGCCCAAGGCGAUUUACUGUUCAAACUGUACAAGCAAUUUGUCCAAGUGUCGGCCACCACGUCUACAAAAUCCAAGUCGAACAGUUCGAAUACCCAGCUGCCGCACCUGGCGAUUCGCGAUCUGGUCGAGUACGGCGUCCGGCUGCGCCAUGCGCCGGCGGUUCGGGCCCUUCUCACGGCAUGCUGGCAGCUGGCCAUUCACUUGCUGACCCCCGACGACGAUGAACAAAGCUACUAUGGCGGCGAACCGCUGGAUUUUGCCAAGUUGAUGGCAAAUGUAGCGCAAAUGGAAACAUACCCCGUGGAUAUUUCCCUCGGGCUGCACAGCACAAACAUCCGGCUCGACUUGUGCGAAGUGGCGGCGGCGGCAUACACUGCCAUGGACCGCAUCCUUCGGCAAAACCUCGCCAAAGCCAAACCCGCCAAAGCCGUGGACAUUGAGCUCGAGCUGUCGGCGCUAGAAGCUACGUACAACCAAGUCAAUGUAUGGCUAUCGACGGUCGCGAGUCGUGUGGACGAGCUCGUGGUGAUGGUCAACGGUGGCCUUCCCGCUGGAUUCGACUCCAAGUUUUCGUUUGAAGCCACCGACUUGUCGUGCAAGGGGCCAUGGCAGGCUAGCUUUGCCAUCCCCCUCACCCCCCCUCCAUCAUCGUCGUCGUCGUCAUCGCUUCCUCCUGCCAAGAACAUGCCAACGAAUACUACCGCUCGAACAGCAAUCUCGCACGACAAUGGCGAGUUGGUCGUGAGCUACUUUGUGACAGACAUGGAAGGCGGCGAGUCGGAGCUCCAAGUCCGCGUCCAAGAGGCCGCGUUCCGCGUGUUGCUGGAAGUCCCGCCGCCGAACGAAGAUGAUCCCGUCGUCUCGACCAACAACAUUCAAGCGAUGGAACUCAAGAUGGACACGACCGCGGCGCCGUCUGUGUCGCUGUCCAUGGGUGAGUUUGCCAAGUGUGCAAUCUCGUGCAAGCGGGUAGCUCUGUGUAGCCCCAUGAUGGCGUUGAUGGCGACGCUGGUUGGUCAUGGUUGGUUUGAACCUGUGCUGCUUGUCGACUACUUGAAGUCGCCAUUCUUUGCGUUUUCGCUGCGCUUCUUCACGUCUAUCCAAGUAACGCCCGAACAAAUGUACUGGACCCUCAACAGCGCGUCUCUGAGCGACUCGGCCGUGAGCUUUGUGACCCACCGGCUGUGUGUGUCGCAACUUCUGCGGGAUCUGAACGCCAAGUCCACGAUGGACGCGGAAUCGAUGGGGAGGAACCUUGUCGACGCGAGUAGCAGUCAUAGGGGAACGCAUCAUCCUUCUCUUUCUGUCACUGGACGAGGGGUACAGCAACAACGGCAAUCGGCGGCGACAAUGAACCGGUCGCAAAGCUUAGCUGUGGCGAUGCCUGGGAAGGACAAUGGACACCGCCCAGGGCUAGCGCGACAGGAUACAUUUCUCGGGGACCGCGACCCCCGACGCCGCAACAUGUUUAGUUUGAACGAACAGGAUGAGCCAAUGCAAGAACCAGCCGUGGUGGAUUCGUCGACGACGAUAAGAGCAGCAGAAGGAGCGAGUGACGACGACUUGUAUUCGUUUUAAAACGUGUACAAUAUACUUACUACUUACUACCUCA